AUGAUUCUGGCCCGUGGUACAUCCGGGAGAAAGGCGCCCAUGACAACGGGAUCUGAAGUUGUCGACCAAAGGGAAGAUGUGCUGCUCGUCUCAUCAGAUGGACCCAAAGUCCAUAACCAAAAGAUGUCAUCAUAUUCGGUUUUGCCAGGGCUACUGUUUGCUGCCCUUUUCCUGGUACUUUUGAGCUUCACGUGUCUUUCUUCGACAACCGUGACGAAAAACCAACACCCAGGAGCUCUUUUGGUUCCAGCUCGCAAACGCACAGCCUUGGAAGCGGCAAACUUGCACCCAGAGAAUAUCAAAGGAAAGCUAUUCGUCAUUACGGGAGCAUAUGGAGGUAUUGGAACGGAAACAACCAAGGCCAUUCUCGGAGCGGGCGGAAGAGUUGUCAUUGGGGGCAGAUCUUCUGACAAGGUCCAGGAGUUUGUACACAGUUUGUCACUCGAAUUCAACACCCAAGACCGCGUGGAUGGAUACGUCUUGGAUCUGGCCGAUCUAGAGUCGGUCCAAAUGUUCGCAACGAAUGUUCUGGAAACGUACAAGGAUGAUUCGAUCCAGGGUCUCAUUAACAAUGCCGGAGUAGUAGCGCCUGUCGCAGCCACAAAGCAAGGCCUGGAACUCCAAAUGGGUGUCAAUGUUGUGGGCCAUUUCUUGUUGGCCAAGCUGCUGCUGCCGAAAACUCGCAGGCAAGUGUGGCUGACGUCUACGGCUCACCUUUGGGACGACGCCCCUCGCUUGGAUGUCGACUAUUACAGGAACUGGUCCCUGGAAAAGGAUGCCGAGGGGUUUGACUAUUGGGCAGCCUAUCAGCAAAGCAAACUUGCUGACAUACUCAUCGCCAAGGAGUUUUCCAGGCGCUAUCCACAACUGGAAACCGCUUCUUGCCAUCCAGGGAUGAUCUACACAGAUAUGGGGAAACACGUUUAUGACGAGACAAUGUUUGAUAUUGUUCUUGAUUUCAUCAAAGAAUACCCAUUUGUCGUCGCUACGGAAGGGUUUUGGCGGCCCGUAAAAUCUCCGCAAGAAGGAGCGUCGACUACAAUCACCGCUGUCUCGUUGCCAUCCAAUGAGCUCAUCAGUGGUGGAUACUACAAAGACUGUGCUGUCGGGAAGGCGUCACAAUCAGCGAGCAACAUGGAUGAUGCCAAGGCAUUGUUUGAUUGGUGCGAUGAAGUCACAUCGCUGUAUCAAUCAUAG